CCGGGAAUUGGCAAUGGCGUCAUCAUCGCGCGCCAGGUUGACGGCGAGUGGAGCUUGGCGACUUGACGAGGUGAGAUGCUGAGCCGGCUUCAGGAGCUGCGCAAGGAGGAGGAAACGUUGCUACGACUGAAGGCGGCCCUCCACGACCAGCUGAACCGCCUCAAGGUUGAAGAAUUGGCUCUCCAAUCAAUAAUCAAUUCUAGAAAAGGGGAUGAGAUGCUGUCGUCUUCUCAGCCUGUUGCAGAACAGUCGCAUGAUAUGUUGGUGCAUGUAGACAAUGAAGCAUCAAUCAACCAAACUGCGCUGGAAUUGAGCACAAAGAGCCACGUGAUGGAAGAAGAGGAAGAGGAGGAAGAAGAAUCAGAUUCCUAAAGGGGGAGGAGAGCCAGAGUUAGUUAUAAAAUUUACAUUUCUAAGCCUCAGGCACUUUCUUCAAAGAAGUCCUAUGGCCUACUUGAAAGAGAAGCGGGAACCAUAGAAGGAAUGUCUCAUUGUACAAAUGGCUUCAUCAGUGGUAACUCAAGUUUCAGAAUGUUUUAACAAAAGUUAAUAACAAAAUCAAAGAUACAGUGUCUUAGAAUUGAGCAAUUUGGAUGGUGCAGUGUCUGUAAUAGGAUUAGAUUUAGUAGUUAGGUUCAAACAAAAUUUCCUCUGAAAUCCUAUUGAGAAAGUCUGGAAUUUGCAAAAAGGGCAGAGUUUAAACACAUGCUAGCCUUUCCAGUCAACAACGCCUCUUUCAAGAAAAUCAACUAAGUGCUGUUGUGUGCUACUGAACACUUGUGAACAGAGUUAGAUCACAGUCUAAGAGAGAAAGAUGACAAGGUGAAGGACAGGACCACUUGAGAGCACAAACUGCUACCACAUGACAGAGGCAUGGAAACACUGCCACCUUAGUCUGCCUUGUGUGGCUAUUACCACAUCUAGCUUGAAAUAUCAUUGAUAAAUGGUGCUUCGAAAUAAAUUAUAACUGUCAUAGAGCUUGCUGGUUUCCAGAAACCAAGGGAGAAAGCAGCAUUUCCUCCUCAGGGAAAUGGCAAGAUCACCUAAAAUGAAACCCAUUUCUGGCCCUUAGAGAGGAGGAAGAUAUCAAACACUGUGCUUGGGAGAUUGAAUUUUUUAAUAAAGAGACGACAGCUACAGAA